CCACCCACAGUGAAUAUGGCAAGCCAAGAAAGAAACACUAGCCCAACAAUCGACACCUUAGUACCAACAACACCACAAACAUUUGGAUCUUUACCUUAUAUUCCAUUCUUAACACCAAAACUUCUCAAAUUAUUUAAAGGACUCGAAAACAUAAAAAUUGCUACCAGAAACGUUAAAACUAUAGCACAUUUAUACACCAAAACUAAAGAUCCACUUACGACUAAGGAAAGUUCAAAAGUUGUGUAUCAAAUACCUUGCUCAGACUGCGAUAAGGUUUAUAUAGGAGAAACAUCUCGGACAUUACACAGCAGAAUAAUUUCCCACAGAAGUGAUAUUAAUACAAAAAAAUCGCAAGCUUGUGCAUUAGCAGAUCACUCAAUUAAUCUAAAUCAUACAUUUAAUUUUUCACAAGCGUCAAUCUUAGAGAGGGUGAAAAAUGAACAGAAAAGGUUAUUUGUAGAAAUGACACACAUCCAGAAAAAUAGAAAAUGUAUAAAUAGAAAGUCAGAUAUAGACAAAUUAAGUAACAUUUAUUGUUACAUAUUAGCAUAUCAACAAACAUUUGACACAACAUCAUAAUCUGAUUUUCUAUCGUACAUUCCACCAUUAAAAAUUCAUUUUAUGCUGGUAGACACAUUGACUGGACUAAUUUACUUUACAUCAAUCAAAUUAAUAACUGUAAUUAUAAAAAAAAACUAUUGUUACUGGUUUUGCUUUCCUUCUAAAGAAAUGGUAUACACUUCAUACAUGUUGAACAACGAACCAUGGACACAACAUAAUGUAAUAGAUUGACUAAAAUUAUUUAAAUAUUUUAAUAUGUGUGUGAUUGUCCUUCUAGUAAAGUUUCAACUUUUUCAACCAAUCUCAACGACUAAUGUCUUGAAAAAGAAUUAAAUAUAAUUCGAAAGCUUGACAGUAAGUCAAAGAGUUUUCUUUGUCUUGUGGGCCAAAUAAACUGACUGCAUCCUCAAGAGUCACUACUUGAU